GUCCAACACCCGGAAGUGUCUCAUCUCUCUGUAAUAAAUCAAAAACACUCAAAAAAAAAAAAAGAAGAAGAAGAAGCCAUUGCAGAGAAUUUAUCGAGGAGUUGGCCGGAGAGAAAAAUGUCGACAUCAUCAGUGAACUUGGAAGAUGUUCCCUCCGAGAGCCUCAUGUCGGAGCUUCUCCGCCGCAUGAGGUGUUCCUCCAAGCCGGACAAACGUCUUAUUCUCAUUGGCCCACCUGGAUCAGGGAAAGGAACACAAUCUCCUAUCAUUAAAGAUGAGUAUUGCUUGUGUCAUUUAGCCACGGGGGAUAUGCUGAGAGCUGCUGUUGCUGCCAAAACACCUUUGGGCAUUAAGGCGAAGGAGGCCAUGGAUAAGGGAGAACUUGUUUCUGAUGACUUGGUUGUUGGGAUCAUAGACGAAGCAUUAAAGAAGCCAUCAUGUCAAAAAGGAUUCAUUCUUGAUGGGUUCCCUAGAACUGUGGUGCAAGCAGAAAAGCUUGAUGUGAUGCUUCAAAAUCGAGGUACUAAAGUUGAUAAGGUUCUUAAUUUUGCGAUUGAUGAUGCCAUCUUGGAAGAGAGAAUUACCGGACGCUGGAUUCACCCAGCUAGUGGUCGGUCAUACCAUACAAAAUUUGCACCUCCUAAAGUACCUGGGAUAGAUGAUGUCACUGGAGAGCCAUUGAUACAACGAAAAGAUGAUACUGCUGCUGUUCUCAAGUCAAGGCUAGAAGCCUUCCACAGGCAAACUGAGCCGGUCAUUGACUACUAUGCCAAGAAGGGUAAUGUAGUGAAUCUUCCUGCUGAGAAACCACCACAGGCAGUCACAGCUGAAGUCAAGAAAGUUCUCUCCUAAUGGAAGGAUGCCAACUUUUUCUUUUGGUUUAAGGAUUGAAAAUUGAACUAUGAAUUUUGGUUAACCAGUUAUAUUUCUGGUUUCCUUUUUAUGGCACUAGCUGGCUCAACCCUUUAUGAACAUAUCACUAAGUGUUGGUGAAUUUAUUUUACUUUUGACAUUGCUCUUUAGUGAGCUUUUGCAGAGUGCAAUAGGAAUUGACACAAAAUUAUUACUCGUAC